AUGACUGUUGUGAGCACCUCUGACAAAUCUGGAGGAGAUCAGUACGGAGGCAACUACAAGCCACGGGCAUUGUCCAGUCUGCCAGACGCAUGGGUCCCUUAUAUCCAGCUUGCCCGUCUUUUUCCUCCAGCUGGUCUGUUUCUGAUAUACUUUCCUCAUAUAUUUGGUGUACUACAUGCUGCUAUCCGAACCGAAGCACCGUAUACCGCAGUCCUCUACGCCAGUACGAUAAUGUUCGCCGGCAGCUUUUUCUUCUCCAAUGCAAUCCACAUUUGGAAUGACCUGCUCGAUGCUGACCUAGAUGCAAAGGUUGAGCGAACAUCCAAGCGGCCAAUACCUCGCGGUUCUAUCUCACCCCUCGCGGCGUUUGUUUUCACGCUCACCCAGGGUCUGGCAACAGCCUGGUUCCUGCUCUAUAUACCAGGGGGUCUCAAAAACGGAUUCCUCUACGCAUUGCCCAGCAUCCUUGCAAAUUUAUACUAUCCUUUGGCUAAGCGACAUACCUAUUUCCCUCAGGUAAUCUUGGGGUUUUGUCUGGCUUGGGGUACUAUUAUGGGGGAGUUGAUGCUGGGUGUGCGUGCAAUCACUAUAUCCAUUCCAGACACAUUCAAAUCACUGGCCUGGGCCAAUGAAGACGUAAACUCGUCUAGUUUCUGUAUUAGCUUAGACUUAAGUGUGUUAACGCUUGUUCUCGCUGGAGUGAUAUGGGUGGUUAUUUAUGAUACGAUCUAUGCCCACCAGGACCUGCAGUCGGAUCUCCGGGUAGGGAUUAAGAGCCUAGCAGUUCUUUUACGGGACAGGACUAAAUUUGUGCUGUGGCCGCUUUUGGGGAUCAUAACCAGCUUACUUGUGGAUUGUGGUCGUCGAAGUCAUCUCGGGGAAAUUUAUUAUGUCGUUGGAGUGGGUGGCACUUUUGGAACACUGGGGUCAAUGAUCAGUCUGGUCGACCUCCGGAAUAGCCAGAGUUGCUGGUGGUGGUUCAGCAAAGGAUUUUGGUUAGUGGAUCUUCUCUAUGAUCCGAUCUGGAUACGAGCAGGCGUCUUACUCAAAUAA